CGGCGCUGUCUUUCAGUGUCUCCGGCUCCCAUGAAGAACUCCCAGCUGCUGCUCUACGUCUACGUCGUCACCUUCCUGAUGGGGGUCCCGGCCAACAUCCUGGCCUUCUGCACCUUCUGCAGGAAGGUGUACCGUAAGCCCACCCCGAUCGACGUCCUGCUCCUCAACCUCACCGUGUCCGACCUCAUCUUCCUCGCCUUCCUGCCCUUCAAGAUGAAGGAGGCGUCGGACGACAUGGCAUGGCUGCUGCCCUACGCGCUCUGCCCGCUCACCGGCUUCCUCUUCUACGUCACCAUCUAUAACAGCACCCUGCUGCUGACGGCGGUGAGCGUGGAGCGCUACCUGGGCGUGGCCUUCCCCCUCAGGUACUCCCUAUGGCGCCGGCCUCGCUACGCCGUGCUGGCCAGCCUCCUGUUCUGGGCGGUGACCUGCCUGAACCUCAGCAUCGUCUACAUCAUGCCCUACGUGCAGUGGAGCAAAGGCGCGAACCACAGCGUCAACGGCAGCGGGCAGAAGGCCCCGCCCACCUGCUACCGGAACUUCGAGGACGAGGAGCUGGUCAUCGUGCUGUCCGUCCGCCUGGAGCUCUUCUGCGUCCUCUUCUGCAUCCCCUUCCUCAUCUGCAGCUUCUGUUAUGUCAACUUCAUCCUCAUCCUGUCCCGGCUCCCCAACAUCAGCCGGCGCCGGAGGCUGCGGGCCAUCGGCCUGGCGCUGGGCACACUGAUCGUCUUCGCCGUGUGCUUCGUGCCGUACAACGCCUCCCACGUGGUGGGCUUCGUCCAGAAGGAGAGCCAGGAGUGGCGGAGCGUGGCCCUGCUGUCCAGCGCCUUCAACGCCUGCCUGGAUCCCAUCAUCUUCUACUUCUCCUCGGCGGCGGUCCGCAGCAUGCUGAACCACUGCUGCAAGAACAUCGUGGCGAAGCUGCACAUUCUGCGGUGUCCCGGAGUUCCUCAGGGUGCUCAACCGAAGCCCCCCGAGGACGGGAGGCACAAGGGAGUGAGCCCUUCCAGAAAGUUCUGA